AAAUUUGCAAGCAAGAACCAUAGAAAAUAGCAUCGAGAAAGAUCUCGAAAAAAUAAAUUUUGACAGUCACAAAUAAAAAACUAAUAACAAUUUUAAUUAAAUAAAUAAAAAUUGCUAAAUAAUGCAUAUUUUAGCGAGUUCAAUAAAUCAACGUUUAGGAAUGAUUAUACGUCAUCGAAUGACGUUAAAUCGUUCAUUAACAAUUGGUAAAAAUCAUCAAGUAUUACCGGCAAAAAGAAAAAUAAAUAUAUUAGAUUUAAAUAAUAAUAAAUCUCGUUGUUUAUUUAAUAAAAAUAUAUUAAGAGCUAGUGUUUUUGCAAGUGUAAGACAAUUUUCAACUAAAAAACCACCAUUACCUGAUGAUCCAGUUGAACAACAUGAACAAGAAGCAGAAGAAGAUUAUACAGCAACACUUCCAGCAACAGUUGUUGUACCAGAAGUUUGGCCACAUGUUCCAGUUAUUGCAAUAAAUAGAAAUCCAGUAUUUCCAAGAUUUAUUAAACUCAUUGAGCUAUCAAAUCCAGUUCUCAUUGAUUUAAUAAGAAGAAAAGUUAAAUUAAAUCAGCCAUAUGUUGGAAUAUUUUUAAAGAAAAGUGAAGAAAAUCAAUCAGAUGUUGUUGAAAAUAUAGAUGAUGUUUAUCCAAUUGGUACAUUUGGACAGAUCCAUGAAGUUCAUGAUCUUGGUGAUAAAUUAAGACUCGUUGUUAUGGCACAUCGAAGAAUUAAAAUUGUCAAUCAAAUACCAGAAGAAUUAUCACCAAAACCAGCACAACGUGAGAAAAUGAAAUUGACGUUUCCACUACUAAAUACAACAAUUUACGUUCCUGUAGACGAGGCUGGUCAAUCACGUCGAGGUGGACGUUCAAGUCGUAGAAAAGCUGAAUUAAAAAUUGAAGCUGUUGAUAGUGUAGAUAAAACAUCAAAUGAUACAACGACAAUUGUUGAAAAAGAAUCAUCAACAUCAGUUGAUGAUCAAAAAUCUGAUGAAAAAUCUCAAGAACAACAAACUGUUGUUCAAGGUGAUACUGCUUCAAGUAGUCAACCAUUACUUAUGGUUGAAGUUGUCAAUGUAACACAUGAUAAAUUUAAUCAAAAUGAAGAAAUAAAAGCAUUAACACAAGAAGUUAUUAAAACAAUACGUGAUAUUAUUAGUAUGAAUCCACUUUAUCGUGAUUCAUUACAACAAAUGUUACAUCAAGGACAACGUGUUGUUGAUAAUCCAGUUUAUCUUAGUGAUUUAGGUGCAGCAUUAACUGCUGCUGAGGCACGUGAAUUACAAGAAGUUUUAGAAGAAACGGAUAUAUCAAAAAGAUUAAGACUAUCACUUGCUCUAUUAAAAAAAGAACAUGAAUUAAGUAGAUUACAACAAAAAAUUGGUAAAGAAGUUGAAGAUAAAGUAAAACAACAACAUCGUAAAUAUAUACUACAUGAACAACUUAAAAUAAUUAAAAAAGAAUUGGGUUUAGAAAAAGAUGAUAAAGAUGCAAUUGAUGAAAAAUAUCGUGAAAGAAUACGUGAUAAAAAUGUACCAAAACAUGUUAUGGAUGUUAUUGAUGAAGAAUUAAAUAAAUUAGGAUUUUUAGAAAGUCAUAGUAGUGAAUUUAAUGUUACAAGAAAUUAUCUUGAUUGGUUAACAUCAAUACCAUGGGGUACAUCAAGUCCUGAAAAUUUAGGUAUACAAGAAGCAUCUGAUAUACUUGAUAAUGAUCAUUAUGGUAUGGAAGAUAUUAAAAAACGUAUACUUGAAUUUAUUGCUGUAUCAAAAUUAAAAGGUUCAACACAAGGAAAAAUAUUAUGUUUUCAUGGACCACCUGGUGUUGGUAAAACAUCAAUAGCACGUUCAAUAGCACGUGCAUUAAAUCGUGAAUAUUUUCGUUUUUCUGUUGGUGGUAUGACUGAUGUUGCUGAAAUAAAAGGACAUAGAAGAACAUAUGUUGGUGCAAUGCCUGGUAAAAUAAUACAAUGUUUAAAAAAAACUAAAACUGAAAAUCCAUUAGUAUUAAUUGAUGAAGUUGAUAAAAUUGGUAAAGGACAUCAGGGUGAUCCAUCAUCAGCAUUACUUGAAAUGUUAGAUCCAGAACAAAAUUCAAAUUUUCUUGAUCAUUAUCUUGAUGUACCAGUUGAUUUAUCAAAAGUAUUAUUUAUAUGUACAGCAAAUGUUAUUGAUACAAUACCAGAACCAUUACGUGAUCGUAUGGAAAUGAUUGAUAUGUCUGGUUAUGUUGCUGAAGAAAAAUUAGCAAUUGCUAAACAAUAUUUAGUACCACAAGCUAUGAAAGAUUGUGGUUUAAAUAAUGAUAAUAUUAUUAUAAAUGAUGAUGCAUUAAAAACAUUAAUAAAAUCAUAUUGUCGUGAAAGUGGUGUUAGAAAUUUACAAAAACAUAUUGAAAAAGUAUCACGUAAAGUUGCAUUUAAAAUUGUUAAAAAUGAAACAGAUAAAUUAAUGAAUAUUGAUGAUAAUAAUUUAGUUGAUUUUGUUGGUAAACCAGUAUUUACACAUGAUCGUAUGUAUGAUGUAACACCACCAGGUGUUGUUAUGGGUUUAGCAUGGACAGCAAUGGGUGGUUCAACAUUAUUUAUUGAAACAUCAAUUAAUAAAUUAAGUGAUAAAAAAAAUGAAGGUACAUUUGAAGCAACUGGACAUCUUGGUGAUGUUAUGAAAGAAUCAAUUAAAAUAGCAAUGACUGUUGCUAGAAAUUUUAUGAAAACAAAUGAUUCAAAUAAUACAUUUUUAUAUGAUUCACAUUUACAUUUACAUGUACCAGAAGGUGCAACACCAAAAGAUGGACCAAGUGCUGGUGUUACAAUUGCAAGUGCAUUAAUAUCACUUGCUAAAAAAAAAUCAAUAAGACAAUCAAUUGCAAUGACUGGUGAAUUAAGUUUAAUGGGUAAAGUACUACCUGUUGGUGGUAUUAAAGAAAAAAUUAUUGCUGCUAAAAGAGUUGGUGUUAAUUGUAUUAUUCUACCAGAUGAAAAUAAAAAAGAUUUUGAUGAUUUACCAAAAUUUAUAACUGAUGGAUUAGAAGUACAUUUUGCAACUAAUUUUAGUGAUGUUUAUAAUAUUUGUUUUGGUGAUGAUAAUCAAUUGAAUAAUGAUACUUUUAAUAUUCAAUAUAAACAAACACAAAAUGCCACAAUUCAUGGUAAACAAAAUUAAUUUAAUUAACAA